UUGUUAAAGUUAAAUACCCAUCACAUGUAACAUGUGUUGAGAUGGUGUUGAGUGAACGGAAAUCGGCAAUCUUUUAGUGCAAUCUAUACAAUAUUUUUAUUUUCUCCCUUUAUAAGCAAUCCUUUACUUUUAUGCAUUGUAUAAAAAUACCAAAACAAAAUAAACGAUGGGUGAUUUACCAGACACAUUGACUCCAGCAAGUGGGGCCACAACAGAAUCGGAAAAUAAUAAAGCAAUACGUAUUCCUUGGGGCAGGUUGCUAGCUACCAAAUUAUAUAUCAACAAUAUCGACUUGAUCGAUGAUUACUUUAGUUUUGGUCGAGCAUUUGAUUGCACAGUUUUUGUUACUAGCCAACAAUGCAGGAAAGCUACAAAACUUAUUUCCAAAACUCACUUUUCUAUUGAAAAGAGCUUUGAAGAUAAUCUAAUUUACAUUAGGGAUUUAAGUAAAAAUGGAACCUUUGUUAAUAAAAUUUUAUUAGGAAAAGGUAAACGGCGAAUAUUGAGGAAUAAUGACACUAUUGCUGUAACAGUACCUACUUAUGCUGUAUAUAUUUUUAAAUAUAACGGAUAUGAAGGUAAUGAUACCUUUUUACCUUCAAACUUGGAAGAGAAAUAUGCCCAUAUCAGGCUGCUGGGUAGAGGGGCAUGUGGUGAAGUGCGAUUGGUUAAAAACAGGGAUACUUUUGAGUUUCACGCUGUCAAGAAAAUAUUGUUAGGCAGAAGCAACACAUCAUUAUUACAUCAAAUUAAUCAUCCGACUAAAAUACAAAAUGAAAUAUCAAUUUUAAGGAAGCUAUCCCAUCCUUGUGUAAUAUGUAUGGAUGAAAUUUUCCAAAACGUUAAUGACAUUUACAUAGUUUUGGAGUAUAUGGCAGGAGGUGAGUUAAACAACCGAAUUAUAGCAGUUCAUAAUGAGCUAGACGAAGACCUGAGCAAGUUUUACUUCUUCCAAAUGAUCCUGGCAGUCCAGUAUUUACAUUCCAAUGGAAUAGUACAUAGAGACUUAAAACCAGAAAAUAUUUUAUUACUGGAUGAGAGACCAGAAACAAUAUUGAAGAUCACUGACUUUGGUUUGAGCAAAGUGACAAACUGCGACAAUAUGACAACAAUGUGCGGUACUUUGAAGUAUGUAGCGCCGGAAGUGCUGCAUAAUGGCUUUAGAGAUUAUGGAGAGUACGGCAAAGGUGUGGAUAUUUGGAGUUUAGGUGUUAUUUUAUUUUACAUGCUAUCCAAAGAGCACCCUUUCAGAUCAAAUGACGCCGCGCUACUAAGAACUGAAAUAGUGAACGGUAAUUAUCACAUGGUCGCUGAGAAAUGGUCAGAUGUAUCAGCUGAAGUACAAGACUUAGUUAAGAAGAUGUUAGUUUUGCUACCAAAGAAAAGAAUCUCUAAUAAGGAUAUUUUAGCACACCCAUGGAUCAAAAAUGAUCACGGAGUUCAACACAGGGCGAUCAGGCUUUUGAAGAACGAGGGUUAUGAGAACCCUUUAAACUUUUUAGCGACUGAGCCUCCAGAGAAGAAGUUUAAAUUUAACGAAUAUUCUAGCUCCAGCUCCUCAGGUAACUCUAAUUCUACCCUAAGAUGUGCAACCAACAGUUUUAACAGUACAGUGUGCUGUUAAAAAUGUUAGCUUUAAAACGGCUGUUUUUUAUUAUUGUUGUUCCUUUUUAGCUUAUAUUAUAUUUCUCUCUACUAUGUAUUCUAUUUCUUAAGUAUACCACGUUAAAAAUAUUUUAUGGUCACACAAAAAAAAAUAUUUAUAUUUUACUUGAAAUGCAAUUUUGAACUCAAGUUUCCUUACCAAAAUAAAACGGCGUCACAGUAACCUUUGAAGUGACAAACUGAUAAUAAAAUUGACAUAAAAUCUUGCCAGAAAUUAAUAUUUAAAUGACAUAAAGUUCUUUUUUGAAAAUUGAUUAGUAAAUGUUAAUUUCUGAGAAUUUAUGACACAAAUUAUCUUGUUAGCCGUCAUUUCAAAGGUUACCUUGACAUCGUUUUUUUCCCAAUCAUUUAAUCAGUAUUCUGCCACAAGUUUCAUAUCCUAUAAAUAACAACGUUAGACAAAUUUUGCAAAAUAGUCAGCAAUUAAAAAAUUAAUUUUUUAAGUUUAAAUGUUUUUUUUUGUGAUCAUACUGCUUUAAAGAAUAUAAGUUUUAUUUUACCUAGUUAUUGAUAAGUAAAGUUGUUUAUAAUGCGACCUUACAAAGUGACUUACGAGAAAUGUUUCUCUACAAUUGGGUCGCAUUGUGCCAUAGUUUGUCCAUAUUUGUUAUAUCUGCCAUAUUGAAGUAUUAUUACAAAGUUUUUACAUUUUUGUAAAGUAUUUUUUAUAUAAAAAACAGUUUUGUGAAAUUUACACAUUCCAUUUUGUAAUAAAAAGAUUUUUUGAUCAAUCUGUAUUUUGUUUUGAAUAUAUACAGUGUGGUCAAAUGUAAAUGACGUCAGUGUCAAAGCAGACUGUGUCAGUUAAGAAAUUGAUGAUGUAAUUUCAGGACAAAAAUACAAAGUAGGGAUGGACGAUCAUAGAUUUUAGCUAUCGAUAAUUAUAAAAUUAUCGAUAGUAUAUCGAUAAUUAUCGAUAUACCGAAAAGCCCAUCCCUAAUCGUAUUUAGUAAUUUAGUACAAAAAUAGUUGUAUAAAUAUUGUUAUGUAUGGAUAGUUAUCAAUAAUCGAUACCUAUGCCGAUACUUUCAAUACAUUGAUAGGUGACGAUAUUUUUAGAUAUUGUCCCAUCCUUAAUUACAGAGCAGCCAGGGUUGGGUAUUUAGCGUCUACGUUUUUUUUUACGUUUUGAUAUAAAAUACAGGUAAAAAAUCUGUCUUUUCAGGAAAUAUUUUUUAUUUCUUUUAUAAUUUUUUUUUGGUUAAAAAUUGGAGUAAACUAGAAACGAUCUAAAAUCCGUCUUAUAGGAAGAGGUGUUGGUAAAUAAAAACCAGUUUUUCUUAAAUUAAAUUUUAAUUUCAAUAUAUUCUUGUAAAAUACAAUUUUUUUGAAAAAAAUUAUCUUAAAAAUAACAUAAAUAGAUUCUCACAAGCUAAAUUAAUACGGGCUGUUUCCUUUUCAAUAUUAUAAAGUAAAAUAUUCAGUCUUCUCGGCAUACGAUGUAUUCUAUAAUAAUUAUAAUUAAUAUAAUACCGUAAAGCCUAUUUUAAUACCAUACGAUCGAAAAAAAACGGCGUCAAGUAGGCUUGGAAUGGGAUGACUUCGUUUUCCCAGGGAUCCUUGACGUCAUUUUUUUUUCAAUUGUGGUAUUUUUACAAAGUACUGGGUUUUAGUACCUUGCAAUACAGUGGUAGUUUGUAUAAUAGAGAUAUUAUAA